CAGGUAUGAUCCGGCCCAGUCCAUAUAUGACCGGACCCGCCGUUUCGCCGGUUUGUAAAAUGGCCUUCUGCUGGCACUGAAGCCAGUCUGACGCAGUUCUUCGUUCAAUUUUUUGACAAUAUGACGACAACCACCGUGCCUCCUCUGUCGUCCGAACUCCCAGCCGAGGAACCCGCCACCUCUUCAACUUCAACGACGACGGCGACGACUACGAAGGUCCCUGUGGCCCCGUCUCCUCCGAAGACCCCUAACCGUGAGCCGAUUUCUGAAACCUCUGUCGAUACUCAGCAACAAGAUCAAUCAAAUCCCGGCACUCAGCAUAGCUCCGUGCCUUACAAGAUUCCUGAAUGGAGUGGACCCCCGUGUCACAAAUUCUACUUCGAGGUCCUCAAUGAUGGCUCCAUAGUUGAUCAAUUCGACGUGUACAAGAAGGGGGCUUAUAUGUUUGGACAUGUAGACCUCUGUGAUUUUGUUCUUGAGCAUCAUACUAUUUCUCGCUUUCAUGCAGUUAUUCAGUUUAAGAGAAGUGGAGAUGCAUAUCUGUAUGACGUUGGCAGUACGCAUGGAACUUUUAUUAACGAUAAGCCGGUACAGAAAAGGGUUUAUGUGGACCUACAUGUUGGUGAUGUUAUUCGUUUUGGCCAGUCUUCUCAAUUGUACAUUUUUCAAGGACCAUCUGACUUGAUGCCACCAAAGGAGGAGCUCGAAUCAAAGGCAGGAGAUGAGCUGGCAGAGUCAUUGAAUACUCUCUUCACCAGCAUAUCCACCAUGGUCAAAUCUGAACUCCAGGGGACAAACAAUACGUUAGAACUUUUGGAGAAGAUGAAUAUGAGAGUGGCAGAUGAGUACAAAGGGUUCGGUGAUGUGGCUGCAGGGUUAAGGGUUUUUGUGGAGCAGUUGAAAUCAAAAAGCGGGAGCUUUGAUGAGUAUGUUCAACAGAUUGAUUCAAUUGAGCAACAAGUAACGCAAUUUGAAGUUGUGAUUUCGAUGCUUGAUAAAUAUAUUUCUCUGCUAGAAUCCAAAAUUCAGUCCGUGUAUCAACAGCAACAUCUGCCUUCAUCUUCAUGAAUCAAGCUUUCGAUGAUGCUCGAAAUGAUUUUGUACAUUUUAGUCCCAAUAAAACAUUGUUGUUAUCUGUUUUACAUGUAAAUAAAUUUCGUGAACUUUAAAUCAAUGAAAUACUAGAGAAGAUUUUAUGUAGAAAA